AUGCCCGGCAGCCCCCGGCCGGCCCGGCAGCAUGUGCCCACCUCUCUGCGCCGCUCAGGGAGUUCAGCUCCUGCUCUGGCUUUUCUGUGGCAAGCCUUUCCCCCUCCACAGAGGCUGCCGGUGUACCAUACCCUUCAGAUGUUUGUCCAGCACGAUGCUGCUCAGCUCUACCUCACGUUCUGGAACCUUCUUAAGGAUCAAAUAGAUGAUGUGGACUUGGUAGAGAGGCUGCAGGCCCUGUACACGAUCCGGGUGAAGGAGUCCCUGGUUUGCCUCCUCUCUACCAGAGAGAGCAGUAGGAACAGCAGUAUGCUGACCCUCUCCCUCCCUCUCUAUGACGUGGACGCAAAGCCUCUGAAAACACUGGAGGAGGCCCUGCGCUGUUUUUUCCACCCCAGGGAGUUAGCCAGCAAGAGCAAGUGGUUCUGCGAGGCCUGCGGGACGAAGACGCGCGGAAGCCAGGUGCCCACCCUCAGGUUCAGAUGCGUCUCCGGGGCGGGCUGUUGCUGGGCCAAGGCUUCCCAGACACUUCCGGGCCCUUCCUGA